AUGCGCAUGAUCAGGAAAAAUCCCACGAAUGUCCAUCGCUGGUCGUACCAAUGUUUACGAUAACAUAACCUCAAUGACCCGGUGUACCAAAUUAAAUGAAAUAAAAUUAUAUAUUUAAUUUAAUUAACAUAACGUAAUUAGUGUUAUUAAACGUUAUUGUUGCAGUUACUUCAUAAAGAAUGGCACGAAAUGCAGAAAAGGCUAUGACUACGCUUGCUCGAUGGCGAGCAGCGCAAAGUAACGAUGGUGCCAGAAAGGAACAAGAGAGAAGACCAUACCUAGCUUCCGAAUGUAGAGAUUUGAGGAAAGCAGAAAAGUGGAGAAUGCAGAUAAUCAGAGAGAUAGCAAAGAAAGUAGCACAGAUACAGAAUGCUGGUCUUGGAGAAUUUCGUAUUCGGGACUUGAAUGAUGAAAUUAAUAAGUUAUUAAGAGAGAAACGACAUUGGGAGGCUCAAAUAAAAGAGCUGGGUGGUCCAGAUUACUCCAGAGUUGGACCACGUAUGCUAGAUCACGAAGGUCGUGAGGUACCUGGAAAUCGUGGUUAUAAGUAUUUUGGAGCAGCGAAAGAAUUGCCGGGAGUCAGAGAACUCUUUGAACAGGAACCACCUCCUCCUCCUCGUAAAACGCGUGCGGAAUUAAUGAAAGACAUCGAUGCGGAUUACUACGGUUACAGAGACGACGACGAUGGUAUUUUAUUACCAUUGGAACAAAAAGCUGAACAAGAAGCAAGAGAAAGAGCCGUGAAAGAAUGGUCGGCACAAAACGAGAAGAAGGAAGACGAAGAAGCCGAAGAGGAAGUCGAAACGACCGCGCAGAAAGCGAUACCGUCGCAGCAAGAUAUUCAGGAAGCGUUAUUAGUAAGAAAAAAGCAAGAACUGUUAGAGAAAUAUGUACUUUGACAGGUUUUAUUUGUUUUUCUCGCAUAUUCAAUAACAACUAUUUAUAAGUUUAUUUGUUUAAUUGUAUUAGAGUACACUUUUAUAAAACGCGACAGAUAUAAUUAUAAUUAUUAUUAAUUUGUAAGUAAUAACAUUGAUUACGUUAAUUAUUUUGUGCAGUAGACGUUCAAACUUCAAUUUAAUACUUAUCGAGAAAGAGUGCUGUAGAUAAAAUAUAUAGAUCAAAAUUCAACGGUAGUCUGUUUAUAAUCCGCGCGAUUUUUUUUAUUUUUCUUUUGUUUGUAUGUUGCACUCGGUUUUGUUGCAAUCUAAGCACCCGAUACUCGAGAAAGCGACACAAUAGAAUAAAACACCAAAAAACGUGGCAAAUUACGAUUAACGUAGUGAAAAUUCAUCUUUCACCGCAUACAUUCACACGCACAAAAAUAAAUAACAAUAAGAAUUUAA